AGGGGGACAGGGUCCGGAACAGAGUUCGCGUUAUUUUUCACACUUGUUGUGGACAUUUAUUUUGCGAUGGACUCGCAGCCUCCUCCAAAGCCGUGGGAAAGGCGGAUUCCAGGGGCAAUGAGCGCACCUGUAAAUUACAGAUCUACAAACUUUGGACCGGCUGCAGGCCCCUCCACCUCUGCAGGUCCUCCUGUCCUGACCAGAAUGGUUCCCCCUGUGCCUCCUCGUCCCGUCCAGCAGACCUACCGUCCAUCCUACAGCUCUUUCACCUCCUCUUACAGCCCCUAUGGGAGCUCCAUAUACGGUGGCUAUAGCCCCUACAGCUAUGGCGGUGGCUACGGCAUGGGAGGGUACAGCCGCCUUUCUCACACGGAAGACGUUGCCCCCAGUCGGUUUGUGCAACAGGCGGAGGAGAGCAGUCGCGGUGCCUUCCAGUCCAUCGAAAGCAUCGUCCAGGCUUUUGCUUCUGUCAGUAUGAUGCUGGAUGCCACCUUUUCAGCCGUAUAUAACAGUUUCCGUGCCGUGCUGGACGUAGCCAACCACCUGACACGGCUGCGUGCGCACCUCACCAGAGUUCUGUCAGCCUUUGCUCUAGUACGCACCUUGCGCUACCUGUACAGACGGUUGCAGAGGCUGCUGGGACGAAGGUCAGACACCGACGUUGACGACUUGUGGGCAGACAGUGCGAGUGAUGCCUUGGCCACGAGUGUAUCCAGAGGGGAUGGAACAGGGAUGGAGGGUCAGCCCGUGAAGUCCUGGCCAAUCUUUCUGUUUUUCGCUGUAGUUUUGGGGGGACCCUACCUUAUUUGGAAACUGCUGAGCUCCAGCUCUGGCUCUGAAGAAAAUGCCACUAACUGGGCGAGCGGGGAGGACGACCACGUGGUGGCCAGAGCAGAGUACGACUUUUCAGCUGCAUCUGAGGAGGAGAUUUCUCUGCGGGCUGGAGACAUGCUCAACCUCGCCCCGAAAGAACAACAGCCCAGAGUGCGUGGCUGGCUGCUGGCCAGCGUGGAUGGACAGACCACUGGACUUGUCCCAGCUAACUACGUCAAGGUCCUAGGCAAAAGGAGAGGCUUUAAGCAUGCAGAGAUGGAGAGGCUGGCUCAGGUGCAGCAGGAGAACACACAGGCCUCCCAGACAGCCCCCGCUUCACACCCACAAUCAGAUCCUGCUCGAGGCUUCACCUCAGGCCUGGCUUCCUCCUCCGCUCCCUCAGAGGAGCUGCUAGAGUCAGCGUACAGAGAAACACCAGCCUCCCUCAGUUUGGGAACAUCCCACUCCAGUUUUCCCUCCAAUACGGUGCUGAACAUCCCCGAGAAGACCGACCUGUGAUGUGCAUGUGUGCAUUUUUUGGUAUGCAAGUCUUUAUGUGUUCAUAACAUUUAUUGGCUCAGUCAGUUGUUUUUUUUUUUUUGCAGUGUUAAACACUGAAACUUGACUAACAGUCAGCUGACGGUAGAUGUGUGGGGAAACCCUGUACACUGUACACCUCAUGCAAAAUUGCUUAAAGUAGUUCCCUGGCUCAUCUGUAAUGAUACAAAUCAUGGAAGACGAUCUGGACUCUGAUAAGGUUAUCGGUCAAAAAUGGUUUUCAUACACAGGUUGUGCUGUAUCUCAAAUUAGGAGUUUAUUCUUACAUUUCUUCAGUCAGAGCGUGUACACGAAAAGUUUUGUCUGAUUUAAGAUGUCAUGCUAUUGAGAUUGAUUACAAUUAGUUUAAUGUCUUAAGUAAAUGAAGUGCACUGAUACAUCAUGUGUAUACUGACGGUGUAAGGACAAAGCCAGGAUAUUUUGUUUGAUUACGUUGCGUUUUUUGUUUUUUCGCCCUCACUUAUCAGCUACGUGGUUCUCUGCAUUUUCUUCACUGUGAAGUAAAUGGGAUUGGAUUCGUUCAGAAUGAGUAAGGGCUCAUUUUGCACAUAUUCAGCUGUUCGUUUGUCACAGAAAGUAAUUUUUAAAAUAUUUAAUAAAAUUAUUUUGAAAAUAAAUAUUGUAAAAAAAAAAUCAUGUUUUGUGUAAUAUCUUCAUCAAGCGAAUAGGAGUGUAAAAUUG